AUGAGUUAUGUUUUUGGGAAACCUGAUGAAGAUGUCUAUGACCGUGAAUAUAAUGAUAAUAAAUGUCUUUACUAUAUUGAAUAUAAUGAUAAUGAGGAAUGGAAUCAUGUGAAACCUAUUCGUAGAAAGGUCACUAUAAAACUUACAAGUGGACGUUAUUACAUCUGUAUUGGUUCCUUUAAUGGUUUGAUUUGUAUUUAUGGAUCUCAACUUACUUACACUGAUGCACCUGCUAUGAUUAUUAACCCGGUGACGAAAGAAUACGUUGUUCUGCCGGGAUUUGAUAGUUAUCCUGAAUACUACGAAACAAAAGGGGAAAACUCGAUUGCAUAUGAUCAUUUGGCGUCCGGAUUUGGUUACCUUGCUGAAACGAAUGAGUACAAAGUUGUUAGGAUAUACAAGUGUUGGGCUGAACCUACUGUUGCAGAGGUCGAGGUGUAUACUGUUGGGAGUGGUAAGCGAUGGAGACAUGUCGGGAAAUUCGAUUUCGGUUUUAGUUUUCAUACGCAUUGUAACGAUACACAUGGUGUGUUUCUGAAUGGAUGUCUUCAUUGGAGAAAUACUGAUGGAGGAAUGGUUGUGGUUUUUGAUUUGGUUGAUGAGAAGUUUCGUGAUCAUAUUACACCACCUCCUAUCCUAACGGACACUGAUGAUGUUGAUGACACCGAUGGCUUUAUUCUGAUAGGGGUUUCUGGUGGUGGCAUUUUGUAUUAUGCUGUUUGUCAAUUCAUAGAUGGAGAAAACUUUGAGGACAUAUGGCUGUUCAUGAAAAAAAAUGAUAAUUUUGAAACGGAGGAACACCAGUCAUGGGGUUGGAUUAAAGUUCCUAGCCUUGACCAAAGAGAGCCCUUUGCCUUUAUGGAAAAUGGCGCCGCUAUACGUUAUGAUCAGGGCAGUGUUAAAUGGUUUCUUUCUGAAACUUCAACUUUUGAAGGCUGUGUGACUUUUGAUAAUAUAUCUCGUCAAGCGUUUCCAUACCAGCAUACCUUAGUUUCUUUGAAAGAAUUAGGAGAAGAAGAUGCAGAAAUAAUGGAAUAA